GAGCCGGGCUGGGCCGUCUGCAUUACGGUUACGGUCGCCCCACGACGCGCAUCGACGCCGAGCCGAGCGAGCCGCGCGCCGCGUACCCCGUUACGAGCGUCGAGACGUCAUCGUCGAGGGCGUCGCCGUUCAACCCUCUCUCCCUCACUGUCAGUCGCUGAAAUCUCAGUUCGAGUGCCGUCCAGGGAAUCGUCACCCGCCCCGUCGGCCCCGUGGCGCGAGUGUCACCCCGCUGUCAACCCGCCCCCGAGCUGUCAAAAAGCCCGCGCGUGUCUAUUACGUGGAAAUUAAAAAAAAGUUUCGUUGACCUGUCAACCUCGCCGUGGAUACUCUGUGCUACGUCACACUUCGUCACAGUGCCUGCGGUCCGUUUGCGUGUGGUUUUGUGAAUCAACAGUGUGCGGGUGUGACUGACACCUCUCCGCUUUUUACGGCGACUUUUACGGCGCCUUUACGGCCGUUGGAUUGCCUCGUUUAGUGCGCUGCACGGUUUUAUCGUUUUGUGAGUGCCUCCGAUUUCACGGGCACGCGCCAGGAAGUGCUAAGCAAAGUGAUUGUUUUUUGUCAUUUUUUCGCGACAAGAGGGAAAGGAGAGUAAAGGGUUGUUGGUGUUGUCAGUGAUCAGUGCUAAAGUGGUUCAUCGCAGUGGUGCUCCGUGGUGAUUCUGAAGUGCGAAAAGCAAUAGUGCGUCGUCUGUUUGUGUGCGAUUGUUGUGAAAGUGUGUGUUGUCAGUCAGUGUGACAGCUGUCAUCACUCGCCAUGAGGUCCCGUCGCCAUGAGGUCCUCUGAGGGCUCCUGAUCGCGCCAACGCACACCCAGCCGCCCACAUCCCCGUCGUCCUACUUCUCGUCGUCGGCGUCCUCGUGCACCGGGUCCCGCGCGCAGGCCGGGCCUAAGCACACAUCACCGCCACCAUCACCGCCGCCCCCGUGCUCCUCGGCACGGCGCCGACGUCCGGACUCGGACAGAUCUUCGACUCGUCCAGUCCCCAACAAGUCGCCACCAUCGCGGCCACCAUGAACUCGUACUUCGAGCAGAGUGGUUUCUACGGGAGCCACCAUCACCAGGCGUCGGCGGGCGCCGGCGCGCACCACCACGACCAGGCCGCGGCCGCCUACAGGUUCCCGCUGAGCCUGGGGAUGUCGCCGUACGCCUCCUCGCAGCACCACCACCACCACCUGCACCAGGCGCGGCCGCCACAGGACUCGCCGUACGACGCGAGCGUGGCCGCGGCCUGCAAGCUGUACUCGUCGGGCUCAGACUCGUCACAGCAGGCCUCCGUCAACUACUCGACGGGCGCCUCGGCCAAAACGGAUUGCGUCAAAUCUGGCCUCGGCGAUCAGCAGCACCAGAAUGGGUACGCCGCCGUGGUCGCCGCCGCCGCCAAGGACGUGUGGCAGUCCGCCAACUCGGCCAACUCGGCCGGCGCCAACAGCCUCGUCAGACCGUCCGCCUGCACGCCCGACUCGCGCGUCGGCUACGGCGGCUCGGUCGGCCUCGUCGGCGGCGACCCCUCCACCUCGCCCGGAUCCGCCACCGCCAGGACGUCGUCGGCCACCUCCCUGGGCGGCUCGUGGAACACCUGCUCGCUCAACUCGACGGCCGCCCAGCCCGCCGUCGCCGUGCACCAGCAGUCCGCCAACCACACCUUCUACCCCUGGAUGGCCAUAGCAGGUGAGUGCCCUCCUUGUGCUGCCCCGGCACGCGCCCGCACUGGGUGCGCGGAUAUUUAUAUGCAUACUAAGCACGUCUAUAAAUUUGUGGAAGCAGUAUCAAAUUUGGUGCACCUCCUAAAACUCGGCCUGGAGCCCUCCACCUAUGAGCUACAUCGCGUUUGUCAUGGAUUCUUUUGA